AUGAUAUCCAUCACCCAGCAGGGCGGCAACACCCACCAACAGGCCAUCCCCCGGCCCCGCAACGACCGCGUCGUCCCUAAGCCUGUCCCCGAGGCCCAGUCCAAGGAUCCCCGCGGCUACCAGCUCGGCCAGCUGCGUAAGCGGUACUCGCCCCGCGAGUCCACCGCCGAAGACGGCACUACUUCGCUAGUUUUCAAGCUUAAGCCCUCCGACCCGGACUUCCCCUUUGAGCUGGAGUACCUUGACUGCGAACUCCGCGUGCCGGAGGACUUCCCAGAGGCAACCCCCGUGCUACGCGUGCGGAACAGCGAUAUCCCAAGAGGAUUCAGCAUCAACAUCGAACGAGGAUGGGACAGACUCGUUCGCGAGCGCAAGGGCGCCACCUUGCUCUCGCUCACCCACGCCCUUGACAAGAACCUUGAGGUAUUCUUGUCUGAGCAAAAGGCUGACACGGUGAAGUUGGUAUCUUUUAAGGAUACCAAAGACACCCGCCACCUCGAAGCAGCAGCAGCCGCCGCGGCCGCUGCAUCAUCAUCAACGCCCGCGGUACAGAUCACCAAGGCGCCAUCCCCAGAAUCAGCACCCGUCAGGCGCUAUGCGCCCGAAGAGUACUUUACUCAAGAGGAGAUGGCAGCCGCUAAAGCUCGCCGUGCGCAAGAGACGCGGCAACUGGAAACCCGCAUGGGUCGUUUGUCCCUGUAUCGCCGUUCCCCAGACGGUAUCGUGUACACUCUUCCUCUCGAGCCUCGCCGCCGCAGCGAGCUCCCUUCCGAUCUCCAGGGUGUGAAGACGGUGCACCUUAUCGUACCACUUCUCUACCCACUUCAACCUCUUCGCAUCCAGAUUAAUGAGUGCGAAUCCCCAGACGUGGAGCUAGUCGAGGAGCUCUUCGUACAAAAGGCCGCCGAGCAGAAGCAAAUGACGCUCACAAGCCAUAUCAACUACCUCGCGCAGAACAUGCACGUCCUCGCGAAGCAGGCGCUGGCGCAGCGCAAACCUGCGACACCGGAGCCCGCCUCCGUUCCCGAAAAGGACACCGAGGCAAAGGGCUCGGCUCCGGCCAAGGCCGCGGCCGAUGCCGAUCGGAGCCACAUUCAAGUCAUCCCCCGGCCUCCGGAGUGGAGCCGCGUCCGCGGUGCAAACGACGACGACGACGACGACACCUCAGACAGCUACGACUCUGAAGACGAAUCAGAAGAGGGCGGCGCCGACCUUUCCGCCGAACCGCCCACGUUAUCUUCCGGUCUCACUGCUGAGAGGGGCACCUCCAUCUCCUUCCCAGACAUUGAGCUUUACAGCAUCGAGCUCUUCCAGGUGUCCAUCCUCAACAUCAGCGUGAAAUGCUCGCGCUGCAAGACGAUCAACGAGAUCACGGGUCUCAAGCACGAGGCUCCCCAGAACUCCAGCUGCAAGAAGUGCGCCACGGGUUUCGCGGCCCAGUUCCGCCAGCAGCUCGUCCACGCCAACUCGACGCGCGCCGGCUUCAUCGACCUGACAGGCUGCACCGUCGUCGACAUGCUCCCGAGCACCUUCGUCCCCGUGUGCGCCAAGUGCUCGACGUCGAGUCAGGGUCUCGUGGCGGUCCGCGGCGACGCGACCACCAACGUCUGCCGUAGCUGUCACGGCAAGUUCACCUUCAAGAUACCGACGGUGAAGUUCCUGGCCAUCAGCGCCGGCGGCCUCGCGGCCCCCAGCACCGGCCCCGUCAAGAAGACGGAGAAGCUGGGUCUGCACGCGGGGACGCCCCUCCCGGACCGCGGCGCCUGCUCGCACUACCGCAAGAGUUACCGCUGGUUCCGCUUCUCGUGCUGCAGCCGGGUGCACCCGUGCGAUCGGUGCCACGACCACGCCGAGGACCACGUGAACGAGUGGGCGAACCGGAUGAUUUGCGGCUGGUGCAGCCGCGAGCAGCGGUACUCGCCUGAUGCGUGCGCGUUCUGCGGCAGGAGCGUCAUCGGGCGCAAGGGACGAGGCUUCUGGGAGGGCGGCAAGGGCACGCGGGAUCGCAGACUGAUGAGCCGCAAGGACCCGAGGAAGUUCAAGAGGGUCGGCGGCGGGGAGGCUACGAAGAAGGAUUGA